UGACUGUGCGGUCCCCUUGGUGGAUUGGCUUGGAUCGAUGAAUUGAUGUCUGCGUGGUAAGAUUCGGGUACUGGUGUACAUGAUCGAAUAGUGGCGACUCGAGUAAAAGAUGAUAACGUGUCCGUGUCUUCCUCGAUUGUUGUUUAUCCUCCCUUGUCAAACCGAAACCCCGUCACAUUUUUCCUCCGUUCGCGCGUGUCAAGAAGUUCAAUCGUGGUCGAGCAAAUUUCUAUCUCCAUGGUGUGUGUCGUUCGAUCGCAAAAAUAUUUCAUCGCAAAAAAGAAACCGAACCGCCAAGGGGACCAUAUCGAAAAAUUCAAAAAAAUGUUAACUCACCCAUCUGGUUAAUUCAGUCAGUAACAAUUUCCUGGCAGUAAAAAGAGGGACAAAAAGGGUGGGCUCACUUUGAUUGACGCUGUAGUGGUU